AUGAGGAACAUAAACUCCGAAUAUUAAGUUGGAAGAAUGAUUUCAUGCGGAACAUUUGGUUAGGUGUUUGAAGGCAUGCAUAUCUAGAAAAAAACUAAAGUUGUGAUUAAAAGAGAAAUUGGAAAAAGGCAAACGCUGAAAUAGGAGAAAAAAAUUCUUAAAUCGUUAUAAGGAAUCAAGGGAGUGCCUAAAUUCCAUUUUUCAGGCCAGCUCAAUGGAGCAGACAUUAUUAUUCUUGAAAAUUUGGAAAGCGAUCUGGCCUUUCAGAGGAGAGCUCACAGCAAAUUAUCUUUAAAAACUGUUUUACAAAUUGCACUCCAAUCUGUAGGGAUUCUUAAGUAGAUUCAUGGUCGAAGAAUCAUACAUCGAGAUCUGAAACCGGAGAAUAUUAUGAUAGGUGGACAAUAUAAAGGACAGAUUUAUAUUAUUGAUUAUGGCAUCAGUAAAUUUUAUAUGAACAAGGGAUAACAAAUUCCAUUCAGAAAAGAUAAAUACUUUGUAGGCACGAUCAAAUAUGCAUCUAUAUCUUCUCAUUUAGGGCACGAGUAGUCCCCCAAAGAUGAUAUAGAAUCAUUAUUGUAUGUGUUGGUGGAAUUAUUUAAUGGAGAGUUACCAUGGGAAGCCUAUUAAAAUGCAGAGGUAACUGGUAAACUCAAAUAGUAAAUAACGGAUACUCAAUUAUUUAAAGGAUUGCCACAAUAAUUUAAUUAAAUAUAUUUGUACAUUAGAAAAUUACCUUAUCAUUAAAACCCAAAUUAUGACAACAUUUUGAAAGUUCUAGAAAGCAUAGCCACUGAUCUGGACAUCAAAAUUGAUGAGCACUUUGAGUGGAAUAAAUUCGACACACAUCUAUUGGAUACUUUUAACAUUCUUAAAUCCUAAAUUGUCUCUACCUCCCCAUGGAUUAAUGACAGCCAGGUGAAUUAUGAAUCAGAGGAGGAUGAAGAAGAAGAAACUUUAGAAUAGAAAUUAGUUUGA